GGACGCGGUGACCCGGAAGUGGUUCUGAGGCCCGGGCCGCGUGGAGACCCCCCGGCGAGGGCUACCUAGUUGCCGCGGCCGCCGCGAUGACCAAAAUAAAGGCAGAUCCCGACGGGCCGGAGGCUCAGGCGCAGGCGGAGGCGUGCCUCGGGGAGCGCACUUACCACGAGCUGCUGGUGAACCUGAACCCCAUCGCGCAGCCCCUGGCCUCUCGCCGUCUCACGCGGAAGCUCUACAAGUGCAUCAAGAAAGCCGUAAAGCAGAAGCAGAUUCGGCGCGGGGUGAAGGAGGUUCAGAAGUUUAUCAACAAAGGCGAGAAAGGGAUCAUGGUUUUGGCAGGAGACACGUUGCCCAUUGAGGUAUACUGCCAUCUCCCAGUUAUGUGUGAGGACCGGAAUCUGCCCUACGUCUAUAUCCCCUCUAAGACGGACCUGGGUGCAGCUGCGGGCUCCAAACGCCCCACCUGUGUGAUCAUGGUCAAGCCCCAUGAAGAGUACCAGGAGGCUUAUGAUGAGUGCCUAGAGGAGGUGCAGGCCCUGCCACCCCCCAUUUGAAGGACCUGGGCACCCGCUCCGGAAGCUGCAGGGCUGGCUGUGGGCCAGCUCGAUGCCCCUGGGCGCCCGUGCUCGCACCUCUCCCUGGGCCCCCUGCGGCCCGUCUUCCUCCAGGCUACUCUGCCAGCUCGUCCAGGAAGGCAGAGCUGGCAUCUUCUCCCUUCGGCACCAGUGCAGACGGUCCCCAAAAUGGAGUGUGGGGGAAGUAAAUGCUAAGACUAAA